AUGCUUCCAAGAGAAAUCUUGGGGGAUCAAGAGAAGUUUCUGUUUUACAAAGAUCUUCCCAGUAUUGAUCCAAAAAGUCCAAGAGGAUCUAGGUCGGCUUCCAAGAAUCAAAAGUCUCCAUUGAAGAGGUCCGCCAGCACCCACAGCAUUGGAAAAGGUACGGUAUGAUGUAUUCUUUGUUCUUGAAAAUUUAGGGCGAAAUUCAGUUUUAAAUCGCAGAGAAUUUGCGAUGUUGUGCAUUAUACUAGAUUCUGAUAAGAUGGUGUAAUGUUUAACGUUAUAACUGCUCGGCUAAUGGAUUGUUUUGCAUGAAAUUUGGCACAGACUUGGUCAACGAAUUUUACAAGCUGUUGUGAAUAUUUUUGACGCAAUUUCAUUAAAUUUCAGAGAAUGUAUCGCCUCGACUUAGCCGACCAUCUCCUUCAAAUAGGACUCCGAGCAAGAGUCCCAAAACUACUAACUCAUCUCCACGUAUGUUUAGAACCACUUUUUUGAUCUCUUACUGCUACACAAUGGCAUUUCUCGGCUAAUUUGCAGCUGUUUUCAUCAAUCUUUCUACACCUUAUUUUAGGUAAGCCCAGUUCAAGUCGUAAACCAAUGAGUGCUCGGAAUUUGUUCGACAACACUAUGGACAGUACGAUGGAAGUCGACACUCCGAAGAAAGCCAGCCCUGGAAGUAAGUUUGUUUUAUCUUUUUUGCUUUUAGGCCUUCGAAUAUCAGUUGUCAAGUGUAAUAUAAUUAAGGUCAAAUCGAUGCUGCAUUAUAAUACGAUUGGUUUCAGAAAGACCAAGAAAGUGGAGCAAGUCAAGAUCGAAGCCCCAGGAGAGUCCCCAAGGUUCGGCAUCAAGUGGUUCUGCUCCAUCGACACCUUCAAGUAGGUAUCCAUAUCAAAAAUUUUGGUUUUUUUAUAGAGUUUGAUUUCGUAUUGAACUGCAAUUAGUUUCAUUAGAAAAAUUGAUGAAUUUUAUCUCCAAAAACAUGAAUUUCAGGAGGCAGACCAGUCCGUUCAGCUUCCCGUGGCAUCAAUUAUUCGGAGGACAUGGUCGUAGAACGUCGAUCCAGAGCGACUACUCCAAGUAAGAGAAAAGUUUGUUUUAUUAGUGAAUUUGAUGUUUAGAGAAGUUGAAGGCUCCAUCAAGAACGGCUACGCCGAAAAAGCAAUACAGAACGAAGAAUGAGAGCUAUCCAUUUUCAGAAUCGGACGAAGAGGUCCCGCUGGAAGAUAUUUCAGGUAAAAUACGGAUUGCAUUUGGAAAAUUUUGUGGUAUUUGAGGUGUUAUCAGAAGAUUAUGAUGUUGGCUAGGAUUUAGAGUAUUUUUUGAUUGGGAAUUUAGGUGCUUUUGGAGUUGAAAAUGUUAAAGUGUAGCUAUGCGUACCUUAUUUUAGUGGUUUUAUGAGAAUUUCUUCGGAUUGGACAAGGGAUUUUAUUGUAAAAUACGUUACACCUUUUGAAAUAAAUUAUUUGAAUAUUUUUUCCUUGUUUAUAGAUGUUUGACGAAAUUUUUUUGUAAUCUUUUGGUAUAAUUUACGAAUUUUUCAGAUGAAGAACAGCACACCCCGCCGAAACGCUCUAGAACUCAUCGAACCCCGUCCAAAACUCCAACGAAACUCAACCAAAGUCCGGGAAAAUCCCCCUUAAAAUCGCCCAGACGAAAACUUUACGCGACUUUGCAGGAUAAUAUGCAAAAAUUGAACUUGGACCAGUCCAUGAACACCUCAAUGACCUCCUCGUGCCUUGAAGACGCCAAGAAGUUGCUUUGGAGUGACAGUGUACCGAUUGAAAUGAAACAUCGAGAAGAUGAGAUCAAGAGAAUUCGGGCCUUUUGUGAAGAAGGAAUCAGGCCGAAUUCGAUCUCAUCGGCAUUGUAUCUGGGUGGGUUUGGAGAGUUGGGAAAUUAUGAGAGAUAAUGGUCUGGAACACGAUGCUGAAUAAAAAAAAUGGUCGAAGGUCAACCAGACAGCUAGUAAAAUACAAUUUAAAUCCCUUACAACUCAAUUCAGCCAAAAACACAAUGUUUUAUUUACCCUUUUUAUCAAAAAUAUUAUAUUAUAGCAUUCACAACAAAAAAUGGCUCAAAAAAUCCCAUAAAAAUUAUAAUCCUGCUUUGCUAUUCACCUACGGAAUCGAAUCUUCAAUUCUAAACAGUUUGUUCAUACUUUUGUUUAUCUUUUUAUAUUAUCCAUGGCACCUCCACCCCAAAAAAAAUAGUUUUAUUUUUUUCAGUUUUUUCAAAUCCCUUUAUGUAAUUACAGUGGUAGAUCUGAUCUAGAGGCAAAAAACGUACCAUUUUGCAUCCGGGAAGUAUCAAAAACGCAGAAAAAUACCUCCAUCAUUUUUUUUAAUUGGAGAGGCGGUAUUUUGCUGCGUUUUUGAUACUUCCCGGAUGCAAAAUGGUACAUUUUUGCCACUGUAUCAGGCCCGCUACUGUAAUUACAAAUGGGGAUUUGAAAAAGUGAAAAAAACUUCUUUUUUUUUGGGUGGAGGUGCCAUGGAUAAUAUAAAAAGUUGAAUGAAAGUGUCGGAAAACUGUUUAGAAUUGAAGAUCGAUUCGUAGGUGAAUGGUAAAACAGGAUUGGCCGAGAAAUACAAUUGAAUAUAUCGAAAAUUUUUGUUUUUCGUCAAAUUUCACAUGGAUAAUAUAAUUUGUUGACUAAAACGUUGAUUUUGAUUUUAGGAGUAGUAGAUUUAAGAACAGAAGGUGUUAUGAGUUUUCCAAUAGAUAAAAGGCGGGUUUGUAAUUUUUUAUGGGUUUUUUUAGCCAUUUUGUUUUCCAUAAUAUAAUAUUUUUGUUAAAAAGGGUAAAUAGAACAUUGUGUUUUUGGCUGAAUUGGGUCGUUAGGGGUUUAAAUUGUAUUUUACUUGCUGUCUGGUUCAUUUGGACCAUUUGUUUACAUGUAGCAUUGUGUUGUAGACCAUUAUCUUCAUCAUGAAAAAAUUGGUGAUUUUUAGGUAUAAAAUGAUAAAAAUAAAUUUCAAAACGUCUGUAAACACUCUGUGAUGCUUAUUAUGUUUCCAGGCGGCGCUCCAGGAACUGGAAAGACCUCCUGCACUCUCCAUGUUAUCCAUAAAAUGCAAAAGUCAAAGAAAAAUAAGUUCACUUUUGUCCACCUUAAUGCCGGACAAAUGAUCCGCCCGGAAGAGGUUUACAUCCACUUUUACAAAGCAAUUGGUCUAGACAAAUCGGGAAAAAAGAUCUCACAAAAAACUGCCAGAAUGAAGCUGGGCACGAUCUUGAGCAUGGAGGAUCAGACAAGACCUCCAAUCAUAGCUUUGGUGGAUGAGGUAAGUGAAAAUUUUUGAUGAGGAUUUAACAAGUGGGUUGUGAGGUAGAUUUUGGGAGAAUUUAGGGGUAUUGGGAUACUGUAGCAUAGAAAAAAUCAAAAAAAAAUGAUUUGGGGAGAUAUUGUACAGUUUCUUCGAAUUAAAUGAGUGUGAAGUCUUUUUUUUUUAGUAGGAAAUAGUGGAGAAUAGUGUCAAGUAAUGAAAAAAAAGUUUGUGGGGUAAAAUACGGACCAUUGAGUAGAGAGGAAGACUUGACUCGAAAUGUGAAACUUGGGUAAAGUCUUCCCCUUGGCAAGAAAUGCUAGAAAACGUUAGAAAAACUCAUAAAAAAGAAUUUUAGGCAAAAUACAGAGGUAAAAAAAUGGCUGUGCUUUUCUAUGUUUUAUUUUUGGAAAAUUUUUUUUAACCUUUUUUUCAAAUUUCAGCUGGAUCUUCUCCUCAGCAAAAAGCAAAGCGUUCUCUACGACAUUUUCAAUUGGUGCUCCCUCCCGGAGAGUCGGGUAAAUGUGAUCGCCAUCUCGAAUACCUUCGAUUUGCCGCAAAGAGCCCUGGACAAGCGAGUUCAAAGCAGAUUGGGCACGAAUAUGAUCCAUUUCCACCCGUAUGACUUCAAACAAAUCAAUGAAAUUCUGGUCAGUCGAUUGUCAGGAUUCGGCGACAGAAUCCACAAAGAUGCGCUCAAGUUUUGCUCGAUGAAGGUAGGGGUUUUUGGGGUGUUUUUGUCGGCACAGUGCCGAUUUUUAGUUUUUGUUUUUUCGCACAGUGCAAAUUUACGAUUUUUUUCAUCGGGUCUUUUAAAAAUGCACUGUGCAAAAUGGAAAUCUUUUUCGAGAAAUUUGUCGCCGUAUUCGCACUGUGCAAUUUUGUAAAUUGUCGCAAAAUGGACUGCACUGUGCAAAAAAAAUAAUUUUUAUUUUUUGUUUUGCACUGUGCGAAGAUAAACCAGUCUUCCCGCACUGUGCGGUACGACGGAUUCGCACAGUGCAAACUGGAAAUCUUGGAAUGAAAUUUGUCGCCGUUUGCGCACUGUGCGGUUUUUGAAAUUGUCGCAAAUGGAUUGCGCGGUGCAAGAAAAUUAUCAGUCUGUCGGAAAAAUAACGGCGUAUCGUCGCAGCAAAAUGUCUCGCCUCGCCGCUAUCGCGCACCAAAUCCCAAGUCGCAGCUUGCAGUCGCAAAGCGAUGAUGAGCGACUCCGAGGCGCGACGAUCCGCCGUUUUUUUCCCGACAGACCGAUAUUUUCAUUCUUUGUUUCGCACUGUGCAAAGUCGAAAUCUUGGAGGGAAAUUUGUCGCUGUUUGCGCACUGUGCAAUUUUGGGAAUUGUCGCAAAAUGGGCUGCACGGUGCAAGAAAUUAUUUUCAUAUUUUGUUUUGCACUGGGCGAAAACUCAAACGGUCUUUCGCACUGUGCGGUACAACAGAUUCGCACUGUGCAAUUUGUAACUUUUGCUGCUUGAAUAAUAAUUUUCGACAUUUGUAGGUCGCAAAUAUGAGCGGAGACAUCCGAAAGUCGUUCGACAUCAUCAGAAGAGCCAUUGAUUUGGCCGUGGAGAAGGGCCAUGACCAAGUCCAAGUUGAGGAUGUCCAUCAAUCCAUGGUGGAAGCGGGAGAAACCUAUAGAAUGCAACUGGUCCGUGGAUUCAAUCCCGAUGAAAUCAGAUUAUUUAAAGCUGUUGUGCGAAGUUUGAAAGCGACCGGAUUGGAAAUGGUCGAUUUUACGAGGGUUUACAGGUCCUAUGAAAGGGCUUGUGUGGAAGAUCGAAUUGAACCGCUGAGCUCAUGGGAGUUGAUGCAGUUACUGAGGGAUGGGGCUAGGUGAGUUUUGGGACUUUUUUUGGUUUUUUUGGGCAAUAAAUUUGUUUUUUUUUUUGUCUUUUUUUUUUUUGUUUUUUUUUUUUGAAGGAAUUUGCGAGAUUUUUAGCUUGUGAUUUGAAGAAAAAAUAUUUUUAGGUCUAAAAAUUAUGAAAAUCAAAAAAUUUUUUGCUUAUUUUUUGGGUGCAAAUUUUAUGGCUGCGUCUGGAAAUCACGAGUUAAAAAUUUUUUUUGCGCUUUAUUUUUGGCUUGUUAAGAAAGUGAAAAUGAAAAAAACACAAACAUUUUUUUGAAAAUAAAGUUUUAUUUUCAGCAUUGACUUCUACACCAUUAACAAAGCCGAAGCCCAAAUGAAUCGUCUCAUCAGCCUUGGAUUUUCGGACUACGAAGCCGAAUUUUGCCUCAGGCAGUUGGAAUCCAAAGAAAACUAA